AUGAAGUUCAUCGCCGCUGCAGCCGCUGUCUCUGCUGCGAUCACGCUCGUGACAGCCUCGGUAACAUCGGUCGCACCAAGCGGUCUCGCUUCCUGCUCGGGCGGUAAUACGACGGUGACUCUGCGUGACUUCGAUACCAAUCAAGUCGUGUUCCGUUCGGCUUGGUGUAUUCGCUAUCAGGUACAGACCAACGGUCAGGUCUGGUCCAAUCUCUACGCACAGAUGAAAAACGCCCAGUUCCGCUUUCUGCCCGGCAAACCUCUCCAGGAGUGGUCGAUCAACGAAUUCGACGUCGCCGGCGUGGACAGUGCUGGCAAGACUGUCAGCUUCUACCUCGCCUAUCUCUGGCGCGGCGAUCUCGGAGAGCACUACAUCAAGUAUGCCACUGUUCAGGGCUUUAGACUCGACGGCAAGGACAUCUAUGUGGCCCAUGAUGUCGUCAUCGAUGGCACUCCGCGUAACGGCUGGCCUGCAUAG